AUGACUGAUAAUCCGUACGAACUAAGACCAAUUCAAGCACCAUCCAGAACAAGCACACCAUCGAUUAAGUUUUCACAGAAAUCAAUCGAAGACACAGCAUCUGAAUUACAAACCAACCUUAUCCAUGGGUUAUGUAACAGUCAAGACAUCUUGAAUAGAAGAUCCAUACAUGGUGUCAAUGAAUUAGCAGGUGAAGAAGCAGAAAGUUUGCUAAUGAAAUUUAUAUCUUCCUUUUAUUCAGAUCCAUUGAUUUUAUUAUUGAUAGGUUCUGCUAUAGUAAGUUUUUGGAUGGGUAAUAAAGAUGAUGCCAUUUCAAUCACAUUAGCAAUUACAAUUGUUGUAACAGUCGGGUUUGUUCAAGAAUAUAGAUCUGAAAAAUCUUUAGAAGCAUUAAAUAAAUUAGUACCAGCAGAGGCUAAAUUAACUAGAAAUGGAAAUACAUCAACAGUAUUAGCAUCUACUUUAGUUCCUGGAGAUUUAGUUCAUUUUUCACAAGGUGAUAGAAUACCCGCCGAUGUUAGAUUAACCGAAGCAGUAUAUUUGACUAUUGAUGAAAGUAAUUUAACAGGAGAAAAUAAACCAGUUAAAAAGAAUGUUCAAUCACUUGUAUUAAAUGGAUCAGAUGCCCCCACUGUGACUGAAAGAAGUUCAAUUGCUCAUAUGGGUACAUUAGUCAGAGAUGGACAUGGUAGUGGGAUUGUUAUCGCAACUGGACCAAGUACCGUGUUUGGUAGUGUAUUUGCUAUGAUGUCAGAAAUUGAAAAACCAAAGACUCCAUUACAACAAGCUAUGGAUAAAUUAGGUAAAGAUUUAUCCAUUUUCAGUUUUAUUGUUAUUGGUAUCAUUUGUUUAAUUGGGAUUUUCCAAGGAAGAGCUUGGUUAGAUAUGUUCCAAAUUUCAGUUUCAUUAGCCGUUGCUGCCAUUCCAGAAGGUUUACCUAUUAUUGUCACUGUAACUUUAGCUCUUGGGGUUUUGAGAAUGGCCCGUCAAAAAGCUAUUGUUAGAAGAUUACCAAGUGUCGAAACUUUAGGUUCCGUUAAUGUCAUUUGUUCUGAUAAAACCGGAACUUUAACUCAAAAUCAUAUGACCGUCACUAAAAUAUGGGCAACUGAUUUUAAAGGAAGUUUCAAUAGUCCGUUUUUAUUUGUGGAAAGACUUGAUGAUAAUACUUUACAUCACCAAUUGACCGGAAAUAUCCGUAAGACUUUAGAUUGUGCCAAUAUCUGUAAUAAUGCCAGAUAUUCUACUGAAAAUGAAAGAUAUGUUGGAAAUCCAAGUGAUAUUGCUCUUGUUGAAUGUUUACCCCAUUUCGGAUUAGAAGAUACCAGAGGUACCAAGGAAAGACUUUAUGAAUUACCAUUCUCAUCCAAUAGAAAAUAUAUGGCUGUUUGUGUUCAUAGUGGUGAUUCUGAAAAAGCAGAAACUAUAGCAAAAGGUGCAACUGAAAAGAUUUUAAAACUUUCCAAUAGAUAUUAUGAUGAGCAUGAAAAUAUUAGACCUUUGACCAAAGAAAUUGAAGAUAUUAUUCAUGAAAAAUCACGUACGUUAGCUAGUGAUGGUCUUAGAGUAUUGGGAUUCGCUAAAUCCAGUAAGAAAUUUAUCAAUGAAAAAGAUGAACAUAAUGAACCUUCAGAUUUAAUUUUCUGUGGUUUGAUCGGUAUGAAAGAUCCACCAAGACCAAAUGUUGGAAAAUCAAUUGCUAUGUUAAUGAAAGGUGGAGUUCAUGUUAUUAUGAUUACUGGUGAUUCCCCAUCUACCGCAAUGAAUAUUGCCAGACAAAUCGGGAUGCCAAUUAUUGGAGACCAUUCUGUCAUGACUGGUGAUCAGAUUGAUACUUUAAGUGAAGCUGCUUUGGCUGAUGCCAUUCAUGAUGUUUCUGUUUUCGCCAGAACCACUCCAGAACAUAAAGUUGCCAUCGUUAAAGCUCUUCAAAGAAGAGGUGAUAUUGUUGCAAUGACUGGGGAUGGUGUUAAUGACGCGCCAGCAUUAAAGCUUGCUGAUAUCGGUAUUGCUAUGGGUAAGAAUGGUACUGAUGUUGCCAAAGAAGCAGCUGAUAUGGUUUUGACUGAUGAUGAUUUCUCCACUAUUUUAAGUGCAAUUGAAGAAGGAAAAGGUAUUUUUAAUAAUAUUCAAAAUUUCAUUACUUUUCAAUUAUCAACUUCUAUUGCGGCAUUGACUUUAAUUGCAUUGUCUACAUUCUUUGGAUUACCUAAUCCAUUAAAUGCUAUGCAAAUUUUAUGGAUUAAUAUAUUGAUGGAUGGACCACCAGCUCAAUCUUUAGGUGUUGAGCCUGUUGAUCAUGAAGUUAUGAAUAAACCACCAAGAAAACGUAACGAUAAGAUCUUAACCAAACAACUCAUUCAUCGUGUCUUACAAUCAGCAGCCAUGAUUAUUAUUGGGACAUUAUAUAUUUUCAUCAAAGAAAUGACGGAUAAUGAAAUUACCGCCAGAGAUACCACCAUGACAUUCACCUGUUUUGUAUUCUUUGACAUGUUUAAUGCAUUAUCAUGUCGUCAUUAUUCAAAAUCAAUAUUUGAAAUGGGAAUCAAGAAUCAAAUGUUUAAUUUUGCCGUUGCUGGUUCAAUAAUUGGACAAUUAUGUGCAAUUUAUGUUCCAUUUUUCCAAAGCAUUUUCCAAACUGAAGCAUUGUAUUUUAUUGAUCUUGUACAUUUAUUAAUUUUAACCAGUUCGGUCUUUGCUUGUGAUGAAAUUAGAAAGUAUUUACUUAGAAGAAGAACAAUGUAUAAUAGCACCUAUAAUUAUGGAGUGUGA